AUGCAGCAAACCAUAGACAACUUGACAGGCCAGCUCAAUGUAGUCAAUGCUGCACUACAAAGCCUGCUCAAAGGAGGCGAAAACCAAAUCAGGGGUGCCAUGAACAUCGCCCCCACGCCACAGAAGCUGAAAAUCCCGGAGCCCAAGCCAUACAACGGAGCCCAGCUUAAUGAAUGGUCGAAUCGCCAUCUCUACAUUGUGGAGGCAGAGGAAGAUGUGGAGGAAAGUGAAUACAUGCAGUGGUAUUUGAGAAUUACAAGGAAGUUGGUGGGGAGGCCUGUGCCUAUCUCAUCUGAGUUUCAAAGAAUGAAUGCUGCACUGAGGGAGAUUGCCCUUAUAGCAGACACCCUUUCAACUCAUGGGAUGGAUGAUCAACAGUUACAAUCUGUCACAAGAAUCCGAUAUAUUACUUAUGAAUGCUUGAGGGAUCAGAUUGCAAGUACAGUAGUUGUUGCAACAAACUCACAAAGUGAAGUUGGAAAGAGAGUACGUGGAAAGGAGAGAGUAAGAAGGAAGGGGAUGGGCAAACGUAAGCGGAAAGAAGAGAUAGAGCAAUAUUAUGCAGCAGGGAUACCUGUACAAUCUCGGUUACCUGCUACAACUUUUGAUGCAGAUGACUCUCACCUAUAUCACAUGGGCAAUGAUGAUUUAUGUAUUACAGUAAGUGAGGAUGAUCACGGCCGGAUAUCUCAUGUGGCUCACAGUGUCGAUGAUUUGGAGCUUUGCGAAGAUGCUAAUGGACUUGACGAAUCACACUUCCAUCAUCUAGCUGAAGAAGAUGGCCGGCUCUCCAGUGAAGUAGCAGAAGAUAAGCCUCAUGCUUCAAUUGAUGUUGUUCCCCAGGUCUCCCAUGAGACUAGAGAGGACAUUGCCCAACAGAAUGAUUACGGGGUUCUUGUUUAGACCAGUAAAGAUGAGAUUUUUAUUCUGUAAGGGAUGAUAUUCUUUCUAACAUUUAUAACUGUAGGUGCUUGACUAAUAUUUUGCUCAUUUUGGUAUUAUUUCGUUGCAUUAUAUGUUCCUGUUCAUGGGCAGUCAAUGAUCUUCAGUCUUCCUGGGAACAUAGGAAAUCCAAGCUUAGGCUUGUUGUAAUUAGUUAGCUAGAGACCUUUUUUGGCUUGCUCAAUUUUCCUUUUGUUUGGCUGUCGUUUCUGCCAUCCUUUACUGAUUAAGGAGAAGAAUUAUGCAGACUCUGAAUGCAUAAACAUGUACUUGUGAAUGGUAAUAUUACGUCCUUAGCUUCUUCAACCUUUAUU